UGGCCGAACUUGGGGUUCUUCUCAAUUUUUGAGUGGGAGGACAUUGUUCUAAGUUGGCUGAAAGGAAGAGACGAGCGGGAAAGGCGCAUUGAGGGUACAUGGCUACUCGGACGGUACUGCUUUGGCAGGUGAGGUUGGGCUCUGCGGCAUAUGACGUAGCGAGGAUCUCGUCCGCUUCAAUCAGGAAUUCCCACAACUAUUGGAGGCCAACGCUAUCCUAAAAAAUAGGCCACUAUAGCGGCGGUCACAUUUUACAUUUCGCUCUCCUGAUAUAUUCCAUUGUAUACGUUCGAAAUGUCGCGUCUGGUGAGAGCCAAGCCGCCAAGAAGAACGCUUCCGCAUCCACGUGGACAUCUCUUCGUUCGCUCGAAGAUAAUUCUCGAGGCGAAAACUACAAAAGGGGCAAAGAUAACUUUGUUGAUUUUGGAAUGGAGGAACCGCUGGUUACUGACUUCAGGAUUGUGCUCGGGUUUGGAUUAUCACGUGAUCUGUCAUCUGCCUUCCAUUACCUGCCAACUGUUUUCUCCCACAAAGAUAUCGGUGAGUUAUGAAGACAAUGUCCUAUACAUCUCUCAGUUGCACAACAUGAGACUGUCCUGCACGGCAUUGCAGCAGUUCCAAUCAAGAGAGCUGGCCGCCUUCGACGUCGUUUCACGUUUCAAUGGGAUAACUGUUCUACCGUACGAAUGUUCGGCAUCGACUGGGCUGGCAAUCAACUCAUUCAGCUGCUACGUGUGCCAUACAUGGCGAGGUUGGGUAUCGGUCCCGACUACGACUUCUGGGGCGACUUAGAGGUGGCGGAGCUCAUUGAACCUUGACACACGUUUGACCAUUAUGAUGGGUCCUCAUCUACCGUCUGCUCUUAGAUGACGUGACGAGAUCUAACCAGAAUACU